AUGGAUAAGUCAUGGAUUACUAAGCCACAAUCAUCGAUUUCAUAUCAGCAAGAGAUAAAAGAAUUGAUUGAUUUUGCAUUUAAAGGUGCAAAAGAAAAUGACGUAGUAAUAUGCCCUUGCAAACACUGCGGUUUUAAAAAAUCAAAGAGUAUGAGUGACAUGUUCGACCACUUAAUGUGGUCACCAUUUUCGCAGGGAUACACCAUGUGGAUUCAUCAUGGAGAGUCCUUAGUUGUACCUAGUACUAUCUCCCCUAGGACUACUCAAAAUAUGGUUGAAGAUACUAUCAUUUUUUAA